CUCCUCUCCGCGAACCCUUCCUGCCAGUCGUGCGCGGCGCCGCUUGUUGGGGGGCCGGUCUCCGCCACAACAGCGCGGCCUGCGCAGGCCCAGCCGGCGCGAUGGGCAAGAAACACAAGAAGCACAAGUCGGACAAGCACCCCUACGACGAAUAUGUAGAAAAGCCACUGAAGCUGGUGCUGAAAGUUGGAGGAAGUGAAGUCGCUGAGCUCUCUACCGGAAACGCAGGACUUGAUUCCAGCCUGUAUGAAGACAAAUCCGAACAUGAGAAACACAAGGACAGGAAAAGGAAAAAGAGAAAGAAAGGAGAAAAGCAAAUUCCUGGAGAAGAAAAGGAGAAAAGAAAGAGAAAAGUUAAGGAAGAUAAAAGGAAACGAGACCGAGACCCUGCAGACAGUGAGGGAGAGCAGGAAAUGAAAUGUCAAACCCCCAUCAGAUUGGAAUUGCCACCAGAAAAACCAUUGACAAGUACUUUGUCAAAACAGGAAGAGGUGGAGCAGACACCACUUCAGGAAGCUCUGAAUCAACUCAUGAGACAGCUGCAGAGAAAGGAUCCAAGUUCUUUCUUUUCAUUUCCUGUGACUGACUUUAUUGCUCCUGGCUAUUCCAUGAUCAUUAAAAACCCAAUGGAUUUUAGUACCAUGAAAGAGAAGAUCAAAAAUAAUGGCUACCAGUCCAUAGAAGAAUUAAAGGACAACUUCAAACUGAUGUGUACUAAUGCAAUGAUUUACAACAAACCAGACACCAUUUACUACAAAGCUGCAAAAAAGCUGCUGCACUCAGGGAUGAAGAUACUGAGCCAGGAGAGAAUUCAGAGCCUGAAACAAAGUAUAGAAUUCAUGGCUGACCUGCAGAAGACAAGGAAGCAAAAGGACAAGCCAGAACUGCAGCAAACUGGGGAAGAUGAAAAUGGUUGUGGAAAAGACAAAGGAGAACCUGUAGAUGGUGAUGCUAACACAUUCAAAACACCUGGCAAAGAACACAAAAAGAAGGACAAAGAUCUGCUUGAAGACAAAUUGCGGAGCACUAACUUGGAAAGGGAACAAGAGCAGAUUGAUCGUAUUGUUAGAGAAUCCGGAGGGAAGUUAACAAGACGGCUUGCAAACAGCCAGUGUGAAUUUGAAAGAAGAAAACCAGAUGGUACAACAACUCUGGGCCUUCUUAAUCCAGUUGACCUUACUGCAGGAGAGCCAGGUUACUGCCCUGUAAAACUGGGUAUGACAGCUGGAAGGCUUCAGUCAGGAGUUAAUACAUUACAAGGAUUCAAAGAAGAUAAAAGAAACAAGGUUACUCCAGUGACAUAUUUGAAUUACGGACCCUAUAGUUCUUAUGCUCCGACAUAUGAUUCCACAUUUGCCAACAUAAGCAAAGAAGAUUCUGACUUAAUCUAUUCAACAUAUGGGGAAGAGCCUAAUCAAGGAUCUUUCAGUAUCCAUGAUUUUUUGAUGAAAUCACAAGAUUAUCCUUUCUUAAUGGCUGAUAGUUUGCUUGAUGUUCUAACUAAAGGAGGACACUCUAGAGCUCUCAGAGAACUGGAAGUGCCAUCAGAAGAGGCUGAAGUCCCACAUGAAAGAAGCAGUGCAAUGAAAGAUGUAAAGAUCAUGGAAAUUGAUAUUGCUGCCAGAUUGGACUCUGCUAAUGACAGACUUACAGCACUAAAAGCAGUUACAAACUUUGGCAUGCCCAUAGAAGAGUUUGAUUCUGAGGAGGCUGAAAUCUUCCAGAGGAAGCUUGAUGAAACAACAAAGCUGUUGAGAGAACUCCAGGAUGCUCAAAAUGAACGACUAAGUACAAAACCACCCCCUAAUAUGAUUUGUCUUCUGGGUCCAUCUUACAGAGAGAUGCACUUGGCGGAGAGAGUAACCAAUAACCUGAAAGAGCUUGCACAACAAGUGACUCCGGGUGACAUUGUUAGUACAUACGGAAUCCGGAAAGCAAUGGGAAUUUCAGUUCCCUUACCUGACACAGAAGACAACUGGGUAGAUCUGACAGAGGACUUUCAAGAACCUAAGAAGACUGUCACCAUCCUGGAACGAGAGUGUGGCCCAGUCACAAUCUGAGGCUCUGGUCCAGUUUACAGCCGUCUAAAUGAACCUCCUUCAGGUGCAUUCACCUGGCACGUGUACUUUGUGUGUUAAAUUACAUUUGAUUAUGAAUUCUGGGGACUGGUGACCCUUGAAAUUGAAUGGUUUGUACUAGAGUUAAGUCUGCUACGUAAAUGCACUAAAUUAUUAUUUUGGCAUUCCUUGGUGCCUCUGAUGCAUUUAAGUUUUCCUGGAUUGAUAAAUGUCUGGAAAAGUCAAAGUGUAAGUGAAAAUGUACCUGUAUAUGGGUCAGGGACUCAACCAGCAGUUUCUAAAAGCAGUCUAUAGACUCUGCAUCUCAGUCUGGUUGGGGCAGAAAUCAUGAAUAUCUGAACAGGCAAGUGUCCCUUUUUAAAAUGACUGUACAACUCCAAUGAUCAUGAGGAAGAGAAAUAAACUUUUUAAGAAAUAAACUUUUUAAAUACAAACAACUGACCCUGUCUUAACAGAAGAUCAGCUGUGGGAGACUCUGAAUGUGGAGCCAUCUCAUCUCAGGCACCACCAUCUGCUCCCAGGGUUCUUAAAGCUUGAGGGCAAGCUGAGGCACAUACUAUGCUGGUGAGGGGAGACAGACCCAUUUGCUUGCUUCCAGCAGGUGAAGUACCACCCUGCUACAGGAUAGUCAGCUCUGAGAAUCACACAGGCACUAUUACUGGGAGGUACUACUGAACAUUACCUGCGUGAUGAUUUAAGGCUGGCUUGUCAGAAAGGAGCAUCUAGUUGAAAAACACCUAGCAUUAAAAGUAGAGUUCCUCGUCGCCAAAGCAGACUGACCAUACAGCUUUUGGGCAUGGAGGAGAAGUCAGGCACCUCCGUGUCACUGCAUAAGCAGGGUGUGCCCUGUGCUCACCAGUCUCCCACAGGUGGGCAGUGUUAUACAUGGGCUCACCAUAGGCAUCCUGAAGCAUUUAUAGAUAUUGCUCGUUUUGCAUCUUGUUCCCAGUAUAACCCUGGAUGUUGCCAGGAACGAUGUGCAGCGAGCCAGUCCCUCUGCUCAGCAACCACAGAACAUGCAGGGGCAUGGAACUGGACCACUAUGUAACAGAGGCAAAGUAUCAUGGUGAGCUCCACCCCUACUCCCAGUCCAGCAUCAUCCCUAUGCUCCCUCCCUUCCGCCUCUCUAAAAACAGCCACAGGAAUGUUCAGUUGUUCUGAAAGUUCUGCAAUUAAAAUUCAUCCCAGAGGACAGAACUCUCACCCUGGGUUUUGCUCCUGUAGUUCCAGUUGUCCCAGAUAAUUUCUUAAUAAAAGUAAAACACUGGAAUUUUUUCGCAAGUCAGUCUUCGUAAUUGCAGCUGAGAUACUAUUCCAGGGCAUGAUUUUUUCCAUGGGUAUUUUAGAUCAUUUCCAUGCUAUAAGAGAAAACCAAGGGCACAAGCACAAUGCCUCUCCCUUCCCAUCUUUCACGUUGCAGAUAACGCAGCAGGUACACACAGGACGGAAAACCAAGUAUUGAAACUAUUCUGUAGCUGUUGACAUGAAAUUUUACAGGGUAUUUUCCACUUACACACUUUAAAAAAAAAAAUAGAUGUUGACUUCACAAGUAAAAGCAAUCUCAUUAACUCUACAGUGGUAUAAGAAAUGUACUCCCUUUUCAUGGGGAUAUUCGUCAAAAUCACUGCAGACCCAAACAAGUUUCAGGAAGUUUUUUAUUUAAUAGUAAAAUCAAAAGUUUGUUCUUUAAAAUAGACUGCUAGUUAAGAUGUUACUAGCUUUUCAAGUGAGACAUAGUGCCAGGUUCUUAGUUUAAGGAAACAAUAAUGCUGUAAAGAGAGAUUUUGCUAACAAGGUUAUUCCUUGAUCUUAAAUUUCACAGUUUGCUCUCACAAGGACUGUUGAAAACAAUUAUUUAAAUACAGCUGCUGCUUAAAUUGAA